UACGUUACCCAGAAGGUUUUGGCGCUAUUCCUACGUCAGCUGCAAUCACUGUUGCAUCUCCGACAUGGCGUCGCUGGGAAGGAGGCGCGGUGUCCCAGUAAGCAGGGAGAGAGGAGCGAUGGCAGCGACAGACUGCUACAUUGUCCAUGAGAUCUACAAUGGGGAGAACGCACAGGAACAGUUUGAGUAUGAGCUGGAGCAGGCACUGGAGGCCCAGUAUAACUACAUUGUUAUUGAGCCCACACGCAUUGGAGACGAGACGGCCCGUUGGAUUACAGUGGGCAACUGCCUGCACAAGACGGCUGUAUUGUCAGGCGCCGUUUGCCUCCUGUCACCGCUUUCAAUGCAGCCUGAAUACUCGCGCUAUGUGGCAAUGCCCGCCGGCGCCCUCAGCGUGGCCUGCGCUGCCCUCUAUGGGAUAUCAUGGCAGUUUGACCCCUGCUGCAAGUACCAGGUGGAAUACAACAGCCAAAAACUCUCGCGGCUGCCCUUGCAUACGCUCACCUCCUCCACACCCGUGGUGUUGGUACGCAGGGAUGACGUCCACAGAAAGAGACUCCAUAACAUGAUAGCACUGGUGGCCCUGGCCUACUGUGCCAAGAAGAUCUACGAACUCUAUGUGGUAUGAGUGCAGUCUGAAGACAGUUUAAGAACCAGCAGGAAAAAAAAAUGAAAUAAAUACAAAAAAGAACCUAUCCACCCCAGAUGUAAGAGUGUGGAAGUCGUGAUCGGACUCAGCAGUCAGCGCCACACAAAUGGUGGUGCUUCCGUUUUGAAAUUUGACCAGAGGGAUAUAGUUUAAACCAGAAGGAAUUGUUUCCCAUCCUUGCAUUUGUUUCCUUUUGCUUGUAUGUGACAGCACACUAAUAUCUGUAGUACCUUUGCUCCUCCUCCGCCCUCCAUCUGCGUUCUACACACACAACACAGUGCACAAAGGGUAUCGAAGCAUUUCUCUGAAAUGAAUUGUAUUUUGGUUGAAAUAGUGUUUUGAGAUCAAAGCUCCUUACCCUUUUUCCUUAUAGUUUUACUGUACAUCUUUGUUGCUGAUUAAUACAAUACCCAUUCAUUAAACAUUAGGAUAUUUCAAACUAGUUUUUCUGUAUUUUAUUUUACUUUUUUCAUUAAAUGGAUGGAUAAUGUCCAGCAAAGUG